AUGAACGAUGAUGUUAAUGGUGGCAGCGCUAAGUGUUUGUGUUCUCACAUGUGUUGUAGCUCUCGACUGACACCUGGUGUUCCCACACCUGCUGCUCGCACACCUGGUGGGUCCAGUCCUGGCGCUCCCACACCUGAUGUGUCCACAUCUGGUGGGGUCAGUCCUGAUGCUCCCACACUUGGUGUGUCCGCACUUGGUAGGAUCAGUUCUGGUGCUCCCACACCUGGUGUUUCUAGACCUGUUGCUCCCACCCCUGGUGUUUCCACGCCUGUUGCUCCCACACCUGGUGUUUCCACGCCUGUUGCUCCCACACCUGGUGUUUCCACGCCUGUUGCUCCCACACCUGGUGUUUCCACGCCUGUUGCUCCCACACCUGGUGUUUCUACACCUGUUGCUCCCACACCUGGUGUUUCAACGCCUGUUGCUCCCACACCUGGUGUUUCAACGCCUGUUGCUCCCACACCUGGUGUUUCUACACCUGUUACUCCCACACCUGGUGUUUCCACGCCUGUUGCUCCCACACCUGGUGUUUCCACGCCUGUUGCUCCCACACCUGGUGUUUCCACGCCUGUUGCUCCCACACCUGGUGUUUCUACACCUGUUGCUCCCACACCUGGUGUUUCAACGCCUGUUGCUCCCACACCUGGUGUUUCAACGCCUGUUGCUCCCACACCUGGUGUUUCUACACCUGUUGCUCCCACACCUGGUGUUUCAACGCCUGUUGCUCCCACACCUGGUGUUUCAACGCCUGUUGCUCCCACACCUGGUGUUUCUACACCUGUUGCUCCCACACCUGGUGUUUCUACACCUGUUGCUCCCACACCUGGUGUUUCAACGCCUGUUGCUCCCACACCUGGUGUUUCAACGCCUGUUGCUCCCACACCUGGUGUUUCUACACCUGUUGCUCCAACACCUGGUGUUUCAACGCCUGUUGCUCCCACACCUGGUGUUUCAACGCCUGUUGCUCCCACACCUGGUGUUUCUACACCUGUUGCUCCCACACCUGGUGUUUCCACGCCUGUUGCUCCCACACCUGGUGUUUCUACACCUGUUGCUCCCACACCUGGUGUUUCUACACCUGUUGCUCCCACACCUGGUGUUUCCACGCCUGUUGCUCCCACACCUGGUGUUUCUACACCUGUUGCUCCCACACCUGGUGUUUCUACACCUGUUGCUCCCACACCUGGUGUUUCCACGCCUGUUGCUCCCACACUUGAUGAGGCAAGGUAG